CUCCAGUCUCUUCAUCGGCAACUUUGGCGGCGCUGCUACGGUACGAGCCUGCCCACAUGAAGCAUUUCACGACCUUACCCUAGCCACAUAGACCGAAUGCAAGCCCUUAAGAAAGUGUCCGAUCCAACAAAACACCUGAGAGGGAUUCAUAACGAGAUCGCGUUUCCAUGUAGCGUGUUAGGCUGCGGUAGAGUGGGAGCGAAGGGAUGCGUGAGACAAAAGCGUCUCCUCAAGCAUCACCCAGCGGCACACUUAGAUGUGCUGCUGCUUCCAGCGGGAGGUUUACCAACAGAGCCUGAGGUUCUCACACAUUACUCUAAUGGACAACCUGAAAUCACCUUGGAAGGUGGCUCGCAUUCCCGAACAAGAUAGCAACAGAAAGGUAGAAAUUAACGACGGCCUUUAGGAGAUAUCUUGCGAUGAGCUCGGUGGCCUUAGCUAUCUUUCUCAGCAAUAUAACCUGCCCGUUGCAACCGAUGUUUCUGAAAACCCCAGCGAUCAUGACGAGCUGAGGAUUGGUGGCCAACCUACAAAAC